AUGCUCCGGCGUCUGUUUUCCUCUGCGCUACUGCUUCUUUGCUUGUUGAUAUGCUGCGGCAACAGUGGCGCUGCAGCCGCUAAUCAGGAGAAUGCCAUGGAUCCGUUUGCAGGGACGACGGAUAUUCCUGGUGCUGCAUGGGAAGGCGUUGGUGUCGCUGCUCAACCGGUCACUUCCCUCCGUGUCCCCAGCCUUGUUGCGGUGGGGGAGGAUGUUUUUGCCGUUGCCGAGGCUCACUGCAGGAAGCAAAACGGCGAGGCGGGCUCCUUUACUGGAAUUGCGUCGAAGCACCUCAAGAAAAUCACGGAGGGCGCAAUGGACGUCUCGGCGGCGGACACAAGUCUCCUCUUCACGCAACUUGUGGAGGGAAGUGACGCGGCUGAGAAGAAGGCAACGAAGAUCAUGCGGCCAACAACACUUGUGGUUGGCAGAGAUGUCUACAUGCUGCUGGGCAGACGUACCCGUACAGAGCCUGAGGAGCAGGUUGCCGGCAAAACUGGCUGGAAUCUUGUGCUGGUGAAGGGAAGUGUCAGUGGAAGCGGCGACGAUAAGAAAAUCACAUGGAGUGAGACCCGUGCGGUGAAGCCUGAAGCUCUCGCAAGACUCAACUCCCUGACUCAGUUGGCUGGUGGCGGAGGCUCGGGCCUUGUGCUGGGCGAUGGCACGCUUGUGUUCCCCAUGCAGGGGAUCGAAAGGGAGAAAAAGAGCGUCUUGCUGGCCAUGCGCUUCACGCCAUCGAAGAAGAAGUGGGAGCUUUCGUCCGGAACGACCGGUGAGGGCUGCAGGGACCCGUCCAUCGUGGAGUGGGGCGACGACGGAAGCCUCCUCGCGAUGGCUCCCUGUGAGAGGGGCUCCUACGACGUCUACGAGUCCACUGUGUGUGGGGUAGAUUGGUAUGAUGCGGGUGAGCCGAUUACCCGCGUGUGGGGCACCUCGCAGAACCGUCAAGGAGGGGACGGCGUGCAGAGCGGCUUCAUCACGGCAGACAUCGAGAAUAAAAAGGUGCUGCUCCUCACCACGCCGGUGUACUCGGAAGAGGAAGGCAAAGUAAAGGGUGCUCUGCAUCUUUGGUUGACUGAUAAUUCCCGCGUGCACGAUGUCGGACCGGUGUCACGAGAAGCGGAUGACGCCGCUGCCAGCUCCCUGCUGUACAGAAGCGGUGCGUCGGUGGAGUUGAUUCUACUGUACGAGAAGAAGACUGGAUACGAUUCGUAC